AUGUCGACUGCUCUAUCCCCGUUACAAACCUUCCUGGCGUACGUGCAAGAAGCCACAGGGCUUGCUCCGUCAACAACAGUCUCGUUAUUAGUCCUCAUCGCGUCGAUCAUCUACGUCAUCUUCUCGUACGUUCAGCAGCGCGCAGCGCCUGUUCCGCCGCCUGUCCCGGGCCCACCGGAGCCGAUUAAAAUAGGGGAAAUUACCCUCGAGGAGCUAAGCCAGUACAGCGGCAGCGACCCGGAGAAACCGAUCCUUCUGGCCAUUCGAGGGAAAAUCUACGAUGUAACUCGUGGAAAGCACUUCUACGGUCCAGGAGGUCCCUACGAGGUGUUUGCAGGGAAGGAGGCGAGCCGCGCGUUUGCCAAGAUGUCAACCGAUCCCAAGGACGCGGUGGGGGAUUUGACCGGGCUGACCUAUUCUGAAAUGGAGACCCUGAGGGACUGGGAGUCGUCUUUGCAGUUCAAGUAUGAUGUGGUGGGGUCGGUGAAAGGGAGUGGGGGAGGCGUGGGGGGAGGGGACGCAGCAGGAGGUGCAGGGGGAGCAGGGGAGACACAAGGAGAGGGAGGAGGGGCAGAAGCUGAUGCAGGUACAGUAGCAGCAGAAGGGGAGGGUGGGGAAGGAGAGGAGGGAGGGGAGAAAGGAGCUGGUGGUGAUUAG